CCGGAAGGCGGGUCUUGCGUUCAGCUGAUCGCGGUUAUAUAACUGAAACCGGAGAACUCUGAACUAACGCGAAAAGAAGGUUAACGCAAGUUCGUCGUGUUCGCGUGUCAGACGAAUCUUAGAGGAGGAAGUAAAAGCUGGAAAUGUCGUCGGAAGUCUACGACUGCAUCGUCAUUGGCGCAGGGAUCCAGGGGUCCUGCACUGCUUAUCAGCUGGCCAAAAACAAGCAGAAAACUCUACUGCUGGAGCAGUUUGUUUUGCCCCAUUCCAGAGGGAGCUCUCAUGGCCAGAGCAGGAUUAUACGCAAAGCCUAUGAGGAAGAUUUCUACACGCAGAUGAUGCACGAAAGCUACGAGAUCUGGGCUCAGCUUGAGAGAGAAGCGGGUGUUGAACUGUACAGGCGCACAGGCCUACUGGUUAUGGGUCCAGAGAACGAAGAGUGUUUCUCACGCCUAAAGGCCACGAUGCAAAGGUUUGAGAUUCCCACAGUGUUUCUGGAGAAGCAGGAUUUCAAUCAGCACAUUCCCAAUAUGAAUCUCGCUGAUGGGAACGGAGCGCUGAUAGACACCUUUGCUGGCGUGCUGUACGCGGACAGAGCUCUUAGAACUGUGCAGAGGCUGUUUCAGUCUUGUGGGGGUGUGAUAAAGGACGGAGAGAAAGUGAUUGACAUCAGGCCUGGUACGGAGGUCAGUGUAAGCACGGGCUCUGGAGUGUACAGAGGGAGGAGUCUGGUGAUCACUGCAGGACCCUGGGCCAACGCUCUACUCACACACACAGGCCUGCAGCUCCCGCUCAAGGUUGUAAAGAUUAAUGUGUGCUACUGGAAGGAGAAGAUCCCAGGCACCUACAGUGUCAGCCAGCGUUUCCCAUGUUUUAUAGAGAUAAAGCCAAAAGAGGGCGAAUAUGAUAUUUACGGCCUUCCAUCCAAUGAGUAUCCAGGACUAAUGAAGGUGUGUUACCACAUGGGCAGUGAGACCGAACCGGAUGAGCGAGAUAAACAGACGGAUAGAGGGGACAUCGAUAUUCUGGUGCGUUACGUCACCCGCUGUCUCCCUGGACUGGUGCCAGUGCCUGCUGUGGUGGAGAGCUGCAUGUACACGGUCACGCCGGACCAUAACUUCGUCCUUGAUUCCCACCCAACCCACGGCAACAUCAUCAUCGGUGCUGGAUUCUCAGGCCACGGCUUCAAGUUUGGCCCUAUCAUAGGGAAAUUGCUCUCUCAGUUGGCCAUGGGGCAGGUUCCCUCAUACGACCUCUCACCUUUCCGUAUUCAACGUUUCCAGUCUCACGCCAGAUCAUCACUUUGAAUCCAGGAGCCUACAAUGACAAAAAAGAUAACAGAGCAGAACGAUGACUGGAUGGUAACUGUGCUGUUAAUUCUUUACUAAUUCAUACAAGCUUGUCAAUUCAAUCAGGGCUGUGUCGGGUUAACAUUAGACUAAAAUAUGCCUUUUGUUACCAGGCUAAGAACAUGUGAAAUGAUAAAAAUACCAUAGGCUUUAUGUAGUCAUGGAGAUUGUAUAUGUGCUAAUUAUAUUUCUAUAUGAGAGCAGUUUUUAUUGGUUUCUGCAAUAUGUAAUCUCUGAGUGAUUCUAACUGCUCUAAUCUUGUAUUUUAUUCAUUUUGGUAAUGUAAUAUUUUGUUAAUGUAAAAGAGGAGCAUGGGGGCGUUUUGGUUUUUCUAACCAUUAUUGAUUAUUUAAUGUUUGCAUAUGCAAUAUUCAUUUUCAUGCACUUUUGAAUUAAAAAGGAUUUUUUUUUUAUUACAGCUUUGUCACUAGAUGUGCAGACAUUCCCUUAAAUGUCAAGGACAGUAAACUUAUACUUUAAAAUUACAAUGAAAACUGAAACUGAUAAGAUAAGAAUAAAAUAAUAAAGGAUAACUUUAAAUUAUACAUUUAAAUUCCGAAAAAGGAAAAUAUAAGAAUAAAAAAACUAUACUAUAAAACUUUACAAAAUGACAAUUUUAAUGUGAUGCACUGCAGGUGAAUAAAAAACGAAUAGUUA